GAAACGUGCGCUGGACUCAGAUAAUGUAAACGUUAGGAAGGAUUGAGUUAGACUCUAGCUAGCUAAUACUAAUAUAUAUUAUAUAUAUACACACAUAAAAAAUAUUAAUGAGAAUGUCUAAAAGACAUGUAUUCGAACCGGAUUACUUCCGUAUGCGUGAAAACCAACGACUCAUCCAGAAACACGAUGCAAUGGUUGACUUCAUCAGUGGGCGAAUGACAGGAUGCAAUCUAGGGCUAUUGGAUGCCCUGAGCAGUCUAGAUAACUACCCAACUGAAUUCGUAGAAUAUGUGGAUUGGUCUGAUGAUGAUGACGAAUAUCCAAGACAAAACAAUAGAUACUGUGGUUUUGCUCCACACUUCCUGAAUAGUGGGUUUCCAAAACCGCUGCCUGGACUGCCUUGCUUUAAAACAACCAAACGCAUAACACCAGAGGAGGCUGCCAAAAAUGCUAAAGAACUGAUAGAUGAAGAGGAAAAACUGAAGAAAAAAUCAGAGAAGAAAAAACAGAAGAAGAUGAGGCAACGGGAGAGACGUCAGAGGGAGAAGUUAGAAAAGGAAAAUGCAGAUAAAACUGGAAACAAACAGGUUAAUCCUACUCCUGUGAAAUCUAAACCUGCAGAAAGAGAGUGUGAAAAUGAGAUUAAGUCAAAUAACAGUACAGUUGUGAGCAGCGACAGCAAUGAUGAAGAUGAAGAUGAUCAAGAGAAUGUAGCUGAUGAACGAGAGGAGCUGGAUCUAAACAGUUGCUUUGUGACAAAUGCAGCUGCCAUUGCCAAACGCAAACUCAAGCAGAAACCCACAUUUGAGAGGAAGGACAAAAAAGCUGAGAACGCCAAACAACAAACAGGACAACAGAAAAGUGCAGUGCAGCCUCAUAAUAAGAAGGAGGUGGAGGAGGAGGGGUCUGAGGAGGCAGGAAAUGAUUUUGUAACAAAGAGCAUGGAGCUGGCAGUGAUGGGUAAUGCAUAUGCUGACAGUGGAAAUUUUAAUAUGGCUGUGAAGUAUUUUACUGAGGCUAUAAAACACAAUCCUAAAGAGCAUAAGUUUUUUGGGAAUCGCUCCUUCUGUUAUGAGAGGAUGCAACAGUAUGAGAAGGCUUUAACAGAUGCUGUUGUUGCUGUUCAGUUGAACUCUACAUUUAUUAAAGGACUCUUUAGGAAAGGCAAAGCAUUGGUUGGACUUAAGAGGUAUAAUGAGGCUUGUCUGACCUAUAAGGAAAUUUUAAAGUUGAACAGCUCUUGUACAGAGGCAGCUCAGGAACUGAUGUUGGCACAAAUAAUGUGGUUAAUGGACAUGGGCUUCUCUCGAGAGCAGAGUUCAAAUGCUUUGAUCAUACAUGGAACUGUAGAAAAAGCUUUAGAAGCACUCUCAGGGAUGGAGGGUAGUAUAGCAGCUGCCCCUAUGCACUGUGAAGAGCAUGAUGAAGAGGAAUGGGUAAAGCUAGAGAAAAAUCCUCAAUCUCAUAAAGUCCCACUCAGAGCAGUCCCUCAGAACCAGCCUAGAUCCAGCUCUGUGGUCACGCCAUCAUCUUCAGGGUUGUUUCCCAUCUGGGUUGGGAAUCUAGUACCUGGCAUAACAAAUUCAAUGAUCACUGAGCUCUUUAGAAGAAUUGGACCAGUCUGCCAUGUAAAAGUACUGUCAGAAAAACACUGUGCUUUUGUCAACUACACAAACAAAGAAGACUCUGCUAAAGCAAUCCGAGACAUGCAUGGUUACACUUUUGCAGGGACUUGUCUUGUGGUGCGUUACCCUGACAGAAUCCACCCACAUCUUGGAGUAUCUACAACUGCAUCAACUAAUACAGGGAAGGUUAGUAAACUGCCUGAGGAGUGCCAAUUCUGGAGGACAGCAGGCUGUAUUAAGAAUAAUCGUUGCUCCUACAGACAUGUACCAGAACACAAGGGCAUUGACCAACCAAAGGCUAAAUGAUAGUAGGUCUUCCAAGUGCUUGCUGAGAGAUGGAUGUUAAUUCAUAUUUCACAGUACAAAAAAAAAAUUAAUUAUAAUCUCCAACUCGCACAGAGCAAAAAAAAUUAAUGAGUGAAUACAAAACCAAUGUCAUACAUAAAACUAAGAGGCGGGGAUGACUAGUUGCUGGGAUAUUCAGAAGUCUUUUAGUAUAUUUUUUCUGUAACUCUGCAAUUAUUUAUAAUCUUACAAGCUUACUGUACUUACAAUCACUAUAUUUGAAAAUUAAUCAGAUGCGUUGUCUGUGGUUAGAGCUGAAUGUUCUUAAUUUCAGGUUCACUGUAAACUAAUUGCAUUGAGAAAAGUGCGGCAUAAUGGCAGAAUUCAAAACUCAAACUUAUUUGGUCUGUUUGUCCUUUACAUUUAAAAGCUGCAUUAAAGGCAGGCUCACUGCAAAUGUUUGUGGGGGGGGUGUUGUUUUUGUUUUUGUUUUUUAACAAGUUUUGUGUUGUUGGUUGUCUUUCUAUAAAGAGAUGUUUUUAAAUUGCAUUUUGACUUGGUCCAAAUUAGGUUCUGUUGCAACUGUUUUUAUCCCAGCACAAACAUGUCUAUUAUGCUAAUUUAUUUACAGAUUUAUAAUAAUAAUAAUAAUAAUAAUAAUAAUAAUAAUAAUGUUUUUGUAGGGUGAGGAACAACAGUCUCAUUAUGGACAAAUGUUUUUUAGAAAGUCUAAUAAACAUAUUAACUAUU